AAAUUUUUAUGCUCAAACAACCAUUGCAUUGAUUCUAGCUUGAGAUGCGACUCAAUCAGCCAGUGUUCAGAUAACAGCGAUGAACUAUCUUGUCACUGCAACUCAACCCUAGGCGGCUUCCAGUGUUCGAACGGAUUUUGCAUCCAAGCACAGAAGAGAUGCAACAUUUUCAACGACUGUGGAGAUCAUUCCGAUGAGAUUGGCUGUGCUUGCGAUGCCGCGUACAACAAGUUCCAGUGUACAAACGGAAUGUGCAUAGCGUCGUACAGCAGAUGCAACGGCUAUGAUGACUGCGGUGAUAUGAGUGACGAGAUAGGAUGCGGUUAG